AUGGUCGAGUUCACCGAAGAAAGCUACACCGUAGUUCCAGGAUACAAUUUAGAUAUUUAUUGGAGAAACUCGAUUGGCGACGUCAUUUUGAAUCUCCUAUACGAACAUUUUAAUGCAACUGGAGAUUAUUACGAAAUUCUUAGACAACUCGCACAAAUAAAGGAAUCUGAGAGUGAAUACCGGUAUACCUGGCCUGUCCCUUUGGAUCGUGCAACGGAUGGGGCAGCCCUUGCAUUGGAAAUUGAGGAUACCAAUGGACAUAAUAUCAGCGACAUCUUUAUUGCCGAGAAAAGCCAUAACACCUCCUUUUCAACUCCAACCACACCCUCGUCGACCCUCGAAAGCCCAACCUCACUCCCAUCAUCAAACUCCCACGUGCCCACUAUAUCCAUUUCAAUAGGCACAUCUUUGGGAACUAUCGUCCUCCUCGCCUUGCUCUUCCUCUUAUACAAGAAAUAUAAGACCAAACCGCCUACUUUACCCCACACGACCCAACCUGAAAUUGUUGGAACCCCCAGUCUUCCCGAAAACACGUCACAGCCGGGUAUUUGGAACUCCUUAUUUGCGAAGAAGCAAGCUGGUGAUAUACCAGAGGUAAUGAGCUCGCAGGAGACCGAGAAAGGUAAAGAUUUGAUUACAACCGAGGAAUGUGUUGGCGUGGAGUUAGGUGGACAACCUAUUGGUGUGAUUGCGGAGAUGGAAAGUGAUUGUGUUGGGGCGGAAAAGAGAGUGGUCAAGGGGUAG